AUGGAGUCUCUCAAGAACUCUGUUUGGGAGUUGGUUCCUAAGCCCAAAGACAGAAAGCUAGUUGGAUGCAAGUGGGUAUUUAGGAAAAAGGAAGGACUACAUGAACAAGAUGUAUUGAGAUUCAAAGCAAGGCUCGUGGCUAAAGGGUACUCACAAAAGGAAGGGGUAGAUUAUGAUGAGAUCUUUUCACCCGUAGUCAAGCAUACUUCUAUCAUAUUGCUUUUAGCAAUGGCAACUCAGCAUGACAUGGAGAUUGAGCAAAUGGAUGUGAAGAUAGCAUUUCUUCAUGGGGAUUUAGAGGAGACAAUUUUCAUGGCUCAACCAUAA